UAUGCCUAUACUUACAACCCAAUAACUUAAUGUAAUUUGGUUUGAGCAAAGAUUUUUCCGAAUGCCAUUUAUCCAGUUAGAUUUUUAUCGUAACACGCAUAACUUAUCCAUUAUAAAAACUAAACCAACUAAUUACCUUUAUUUACUAUGUAUUACAGUUCUUCCAGGAACACUAUCUAGAUGUCCGCCGCUUGAAUCCGCAGUAUAUGAAGUAACCGUGAUGAUUUCGCUUUCGUUGCAAAUUGGUGGUUGUUGUGCCUACAUCAACUACAAUUCUAGUGACAUAAUGAAACAAUCAUUCGACUUUUGGAUUAACGACGUGCAAAAUGACGCGCAACGUUGUCAUGACAAGGGUUUGGAACAUUUUAAUAUGUACUGCCUGACAAAAUCACUCUUGCUGCCAGACGACACCAACAUAGGUCCCUUACCUGUGUACAUUAAACUGUACAAUGAAGCUUUUCACAAGGGAAGAAGACUUGAUUAUAAAUGUGCAUUGUACGAGACAGUUGACGGGAAUGCCUCUGCAAUGAGGUUGGCGAUUAGCGGGAACACUUCUUGUCAUGGCUUGUUAUAUAUGCUUUCCCACUCAUCCUUGAUCCCUAAAAAUAGUCCUGAGUUUAAUGAAGGGUCCAUGUUGCUGAUAUUUAACAAGACUAAACUUGACGGGCCAAUAACAUCACAACCGAUAGCUAAGCAGUACGAGAAAGCAGUUCAAGUCAGCGACAAGAGAGAUGGAGAUGGUGAGCGUGGUUCAGUUAUGUCCAUUGAUAGUACUAACACGUCUGUUACCAAAGACAAAAAUGCAUUCGAACGUCCACCAUUAUCAAUCGAGGUCAUGCAGGCGCUUUUGAAAUUCCCGUUCAGACGUAGGCGUUCAGCAACAUCAAAUUCAUUCUCAGAUAUUACAGGUUAUAGUUGGAUUCAAGGUUUUGGACGUAAAUAAUGAUUAUGAAAAUAUAACAAGUAAUACUGUUUGUUCCAAAUGCUAUUGUAACAUUUUUUUUUUUUGUAACAUCUAUCAAAUAACCUUUGUAUUUUUUUUCUAUUAAACAUGCAAUUAUUAAUUUAA